UCGACCGUCUAAGAAUAUAAAAAGAAAGAGAACGAAGAGAAAAUUGUAGUACUACAAUGGCGUCUUCAUCCAGCAGCGGCUUAACCUUCAAGCUCCACCCGCUCGUUUUACUCAACAUAUCCGAUCACUACACUCGGGUCAAAUCUCAGGCUACCGGUGCUGAUGCCGGUGCCGGUUCCAGCGCCACCGCCGAUUCCCCUCCGGCACCGCCUAGGGUAUUUGGUUGCGUCAUCGGUGUACAGAGAGGCCGAACAGUUGAGAUCUUCAACAGCUUCGAACUUCUUUAUGAUCCAUCUACUCACUCACUUGACCGUGCCUUCCUUGAGAAGAAACAGGAGCUCUAUAAGAAGGUGUUUCCUAAUUUCUAUAUAUUGGGAUGGUAUUCAACUGGUAGUGAUGCUCAGGAAUCAGAUAUGAACAUUCACAGAGCUUUGAUGGAUAUCAAUGAAAGCCCUUUGUACGUUCUUCUCAAUCCUUCUAUCAACCAUGCACAGAAGGACUUGCCAAUCAGUAUCUAUGAAAGCGAGUUGCACAUCAUUGAUGGCAUCCCACAGCUUAUUUUUGUCCAAGCAAGCUACACAAUAGAGACCGUUGAAGCUGAACGGAUAUCUGUUGAUCAUGUUGCACAUCUUAAACCAUCUGAUGGAGGCUCUGCCGCAACUCAGUUGGCUGCGCACCUUACAGGCACACAUAGUGCCAUCAAGAUGCUGAACAGCAGAAUUAGAGUGCUACAUCAUUAUCUUCUUGCUAUGCAAAAAGGUGAAAUUCCCUGUGAGAAUUCAUUGCUCAGGCAGGUCUCCAGUCUUUUAAGAAGAUUGCCAACAAUUGAGUCGGAGAAAUUUCGAGAUGAUUUCUUGAUGGAAUAUAAUGACACAUUGUUAGUUAGUUACCUGGCCAUGUUCACCAACUGCUCUAGUACAAUGAACGAGUUGGUUGACAAAUUCAAUACUGCAUAUGAACGGCAUAGUAGGAGGGGCGGGAGAACUUCUUUCAUCUGAAAGUUGAUUAUAUCUCCAGUAUUGCCUUUUUGUACUAUUUAUUUCCUUCAGUUGUUACAGCAUCGGUGAGUUUAGGUAUCCCAUUCAUGAGGAUAUAGGAAUCAUUUAGUAGCUUCAUUUUUCUUUUGCUUGUCCUUAAUGUUAGCCUGCCCAUCUUCUUUGAUUCUUGUGUUGCUAUCAUAGAUAUGUAGAAAAGAGCAGAUGUUUUUGCCUUUUUGGUCAGAGAAGCUUUUAAUUAAACACUUUCAUUUUCUUGCUUCCUUCUCUGCAGUAGUAAUUUUAUCUGAGGAUUAUUCCAUUUGUCAUAAUUUAGUAAAGAAUUCGAAAGAA